GAGGACUUUCCUCGUGUUUAGCUGUGUCUAACUGAUGAAAAAUCUAAUACUAAUAUACUAAACACAUUUUAAUAAUGACAAACUCUGACAUUGGGACAAUAUUCACCCAGACCAUGGUAUAAUUAAAGUUAACGAACUAACCUUGCCUCUAGUAGCUUCAACAGAACGUUUUUGGGGACAAAAGCACACAGUCAAAAGCUUCAAAGCCAUGAAGUAAAUUAUAAUGAACAUUAACAAUAACUUUGAAUAAUAAUCAUCUAAAAUUAUAUUUUAUACGAAUUCUAUUUAUGCCGUCGUGGUCAACGCAUUGAUUCAAAAAGCUUUUAUUUCCGACGUGACUUUGAUCUCCAUGUUAUCGAAGAGGUUGGUGAACAUUUCUUCCAGAGUGACGCUGCCAGUUGCUCAAAUAUAGAGGAUGUGUUAUUCCUCUUCAGUUGCAGGGAUAGCACACCUGUUGAACACACUGGACGACACUGCUCCGGUGACCAAGCGCACGCACAACCUGGAGGUCCUUGAGGAUUUAACUGAAUCAAAAUGAACAGCACCAUGGACAGCGACGGAAUGAGCAACUGCACCUUCAUGCCGUAUUACCUGCAUAACACCGGGAUGACCAUGCUGUACAUCAUUUGUUAUGGCGGGAUUCUGCUGCUCUGUGUCGGUGGAAAUGUGCUAGUCUCUUUGGUAGUCCUUCGAAAUCGGAACAUGCGGUCCGUCACCAACCUCUUCAUUCUUAACUUGGCACUAAGUGACCUGCUAAUCGGAGUGUUCUGCAUUCCAACAACUUUGAUUGAUAACCUGAUAUCAGGGUGGCCGUUUGGACAGUUCACAUGCACCAUGAGCAAUCUGGUCCAGGGAAUGUCUGUGUCAGCCUCAGUGUUCACACUGGUGGCUAUUGCCAUCGACAGAUUCACAGGCAUUGUGUACCCAUUCAGGCAUCGUAUGAGGCCCGUAAGUGCCCUUCUUGCCAUCUUCUUCAUCUGGCUGGCGGCCUUCGCUGUCAUCUGCCCCUCGGCUGCCACACUGACCGUCUUCCGCCUGGAGGACACCUACAUGGUCCAGGACAACCAGACCUACCCUGUCUUUGUCUGCUUCGAAAACUGGCCCCGGUCAGAGAUGCGCCAGGUCUACACAAUGGUCAUCUUUAUUCACGUCUACCUCGCACCUUUGGUGCUAAUCAGUAUCAUGUAUGGCUGCAUUGCUGCCAAACUCUGCACCAACCUGAGGCAAGUGGGGAUCGCCGAAGUCAGGAGAACUCGUUCCCAGCGCAGGGCAAAAGUCAUCAAAAUGCUCAUCAUGGUAGCGGUUCUUUUCAUGCUGUCGUGGCUGCCGCUGUGGACUCUGAUGUUGCUGACGGACUAUGGCGAACUGGACAAGCAACAGAUAGACUUCCUCAGCAGCUAUUUGUUCCCUGUAGCUCACUGGCUGGCCUUUUUCAACAGCGGCAUCAAUCCUGUCAUCUACGGUUUUUUCAACAAGAACUUUCGCAGGGGCUUCCAGGGUGCUAUGGCCUGCAGGCACUGCGAUUCCAAAAGGACCAUGGUGACUACAAUGCAUCAUGGAACCUUUCGUUUCUUGCCACAUAAAAGAGUGUGUGUUGAAAAAACAGAAUCUUGUGGGAGAAAACAAAAACGCAAUGGAUCGUUAGAUGUUCUCAAGAUUACUCCACAGGGUACUCAGGGAAUCCUCCUAGAGGACAUAAACACAAUUGCUGCUCGUAAUAAGGUCAUCACAGCCUGGGAGAAGUGAUAGAAAAGAACUUGAAGGCCAGAGGGCGCCAAAUUUCUCAGUGUAUGAGGGAUAAGAUCAGUAAAACAACGGGCUUCUUCUCGAGGAUCAGGAACUUGUUAUGCCCCUUGCAUUGUGGGGAACCAUUCAGUUUGACCUGUUAAGGAGCCAUGGUCAGGAGCAGGAUAGUCGCUAGUGGGGUGAAAGGUGGUGGGAAUUAUAGGGGUCCACACUGCCCAGGGGGCCCCACAAAAUCCAGCAGUUAUACAAUAUAUACCUCUUCUGUAAACAUUAGAACUUUUAUAUUAGUUGUAUGAGAUUUCCAUGCACCUCAAGAUGAGGUCCACACAGUCUUUUGCAUAAGGAGCUGGGUUGCCAUGCAGUUGCUUCUCACUGACUGUGCCAUGCCAACUGGGAUGCAGGAAGGGGAAAGUGUUUUGUUUCAAUAUUUACUUUCAUAUUUGUCACGUGUGAAACUAGGAUGUCACUUUUGUUUUUGUCCGCUGAGAGGCGAUUAAACAUCUCUAAUCACCUCUCCCCAAGUAUUGACAAUCGACCUAUGUAAAUGUACAGUAUUUAUAAAUGUUUUAAUGUUGGUAUUACAGCUUUGUUAGCUGACUGGGAAUAUUAAUGUUACUGUUAUUUCAUUUACUAGUACUAUAUGUGUUUGUUUCUUGACUUUAUACCAUUAUAUAUGGUUUUGGGGGUAUACUUAGAUAAUGUGAGGCAGGUGGACAACACAACCACAAAAUAAACAUAAAUUGUUUAUUUUGCUCAUUAAUUACUGUAAAUAUUGAUCAUUUUACAUGUAUUCACAGUUGUAUUGGAUUGAA